AUGUCAACCAGUUCCCAUGCAAUCACUGAUGUUACCCAAGUUGUUGUUUGGUCCGGCGUGAUGACUCACAGAACUUUUGCCCAGUGCAUGCGGGACGCCGGCUUUGUUAAUGGCCUUAGUGAUUUUCGGCGCCAUUUUAUUUUCCCUGCAUCAUAUGCUGAACACGAAAUUGAAAGCCUUCUGGAUAAGAACCAUUUGACAACCUUGGAGGAUAACUAUAAAUUCAUAACUGAAGAGGAAUUAUCUCAGAGAAUUGAAAGUUUAAAAUCAGAUAAAUCUGCCAUAGGUAACGCGUCACCUUUACCCAUACUAUCCUUAUUUGCAGAAGGGAUUAAUGAAAACGACAUAUGUAAAAUGCGCGCAUUUGCUCGCGACGUCGAUAACUUCUUUAAAGAGCAUUUACGCGACCUCUCAAGGUUGGAUCAAUCCGAAGAGUUCACUCAGCAACGUAUCAGGCAGCAGAUUGAAGAUAAUGAUAUCUCAAUCCAUGAUUUUUGGCGGGAAUUGGUUAUUCUCGCAAAGGUCAUGGUUACGAGGGACACUACUGUUUCUCAAAAACUCUAUUCCGUUGACAUCAAGACUCUGGAGAACGCCUACCGAACUUGGGUAACAGAAGGAGAGACUAUGCAAAUGUUAGAUGGAUUAUCGCUCCGAGCGCUCGAUCCUGACUUUUUAUCAAAGGUCCUAUCAUCAAUAAUGACGGAUCCAAACCGUCAACUACUUGCCAUAUCUGUUAUCGGUUUAGAGAGCUCAGGAAAGUCUACCUUGUUGAAUUACCUCUUCAAAUGCGGAUUUUCGACUUCGGCUGGACGAUGUACAAAGGGAAUGUAUAUGUCAUAUCGCCAUUCUGUGUUUAACGGACAGCCAAUUGACCUCAUUAUACUGGAUUCAGAAAAGAGGGCAUGGGGUCUACAGCUCAGAAAUACAUCACCAGACGCACAAGGCUUAACGCGUGAUAUCGCCAAUAUCCUUGAGGUCUCCUCUUAUCAUUUGGACGCAUUAAAAGCAAGCAAAUUAAAACCGAGAUUGCAUUUUGUACUGCGUGAUAUGAUGGAUAAAGCUGAUGCCCAAAAACCAGCUUUUUUAGACAUUCGGACGAGUCUCGAAGAAAUGUUUCGCCAAAUUCCUGGCUGCACAGAAGAUUUAGACAACAUUAUGACGAUAGAACAAAAGGAUGUACACCUACUGGUGAACGCUUUCUCAUCUUAUAAUGAUGAUUUUCGACCGCGGGCAGAGAUUAUCUCAGAAUCUGAAAACAUACAUGUACCCGCGGCAAGUCUAUCAGUUACAUGUGAAAUUUUAGCUGCUGAAAAUGAAACUUUUCCUAUCAAAGUAUCAAACUUACGCCAAGCCCUUCUUGCGUCAGCGCUUGAUUCAACUUACGAUCCAGAUACUAAAAUGUUUGAUAACGUCAAUGGCUUUAUUGUACAAAUGAAAACAACAUGGGGGAUGAUUGAUGCCAGGGGCAGUUUCCUCCACUUCAAUGACUUUAAAGAAAUUCAAAGGUGGAAUGUGAUGCAUGCAAUUGUUAAAAAUAUUCAAAAAAAUUUAACACCAUUCCGGAACGAAGUAAACAAAAGCAUCAAGAGUUACAUUGAGAAGCUCGAAGCGAAUUAUAAUCAAUCAGAUCAAAUCCACAACAAGUUUUUGAAGAAUCUAUCCGGGAUUGAAAAAUUGCACCGCGAUGAAGCGCUGCUCGAAUUUAACCAGCAAGCCGCUAAUCAAUUUGAUGCUAGAAUUAAAGAAGAGGGACGAAAUUUGAUCCGCAACAUGUUCGCCACCGACAAACUUAGUCUCGAAGCAAUAUGGUGUGAAGAGGAACGGGAAUACCAAGAAAAGGCACUUAUAGAUAAUGCUGUGGAAGACUUUGGUCAACAAAUCAAAUUCAACUCAACUCAAGUUUUGGAAGAGUUGAAACGUGACCAAAAUAAACGUGACCAACUAUUCAAUGAUACGUGGAAGAAUGUGGAACAAUCUCACGAAAAUUUCAUGAAAAGCAUUGGAAACACUAACCAACUUGAACAACUAGUAAAUUCAUUUAAUGAAGCAAUCAAAGGAGGCCAGAGCACGGUCAAUUCUCAAAAUCCAGGUUUUGAACAGAAGUUUAACAGAAAAUUCUGGAUGUCACUUGAGAUGCCCGCUACAUUGGCCACAGAGGGUAUCAUAGUGAACUACGAUAUUGUAGCCAGUUUAAUUAUUGUAAAACCUCACGGUAUUAAAAGAACAAUCAAAAACGCUCUUAAUAAUUUGGCAGAUGUUGACUCGGUCCGAUCCGAUGCUACUCGGAAGGUUCUUGAAGAGAUCAAAAAAAUCACACAUAAAGUUUGCACCGAAAUCAAAAUAGAUAAAUCUAUACGAAUUGAAUAUGGCAAAACGCAUAGUUGGCUUCAGAGGUUGUGCGAUGGGCUUUUCAAUGUUGUUGGAAAUUUGAGCCAUUCUCAGACCGAAUUUUUGCCACAGAUUAAUGAUUUUAAUCCAAUUGAGAAAUACUUUCGGCUAGAGGUAUGCAACAUUCUAAGGCAAAACAUGGAAGAAUGGCAUUCUGUACAAAAGAAAAAACUCGAAGAUCAAAAAGAAGUUCUCCAAACAAGUUUCACUAACCUCUUGUUAGAUCAUUCUGCUAAAAAUCUGUCUUUGGAAUUAACUAAGCACAUCCUCAAGACGGUGACCGAAAGUCUUUUAACCCACGAAUCAACAAUUAGAGGUGACGUUUACAAUUAUUUACAAGAAAGCUGGGUGAACGAGUACGGCACGACCCAUUGGGCGCAUACACAAAGUUUCGGUAAAAAGGAUCAUAACGCCGUUCGCGAAUAUCUCACCAACCUCGAAAUAUUUACUCGGAGAGUCUUUCAAGAAGAGUGCAAGACUAAAAUUACUACAUUAGUGGAUGGCAAGUUUAGAGAAAUUAAGCAAACAAUCAACGAAAUCGAAACGCGCCUCACUUCGGAAAUUGCUAGCGUAUGGAGUCUCGGUCAAAAGUCUAAUAUUAAAGUUAUGUUUGAAAAAUCUCGGGGAAAUACCGCGUACAAUUAUGUCAAAGGGUUCUCGUCCGUUUUUGGAGAAUAUAAUGUCGAAGAUCCCAAGAAAUUUUGCGAAAUUUUCAAAGAGGAAUUGAAGAAAAAUUUUGACAAGCUUCGUAACCAAUGGGAAACUGAGGCGUAUCUUGAAAUAUCGAAGAAGCGUCUUCGGGAGCAUGCUGAUCAAAUAAUCGAAGCGAAAUGGGACACCUUGGAAGGUUGCACUGCGCGUUGUCCUACUUGUAAUUCAAAAUGUGAAGAUAUUAAAGGCACCAGACAUACUCAUCAUACCUCUGCACAUGUGAUCACGGCCUUUGGAGGAUAUAGGUAUAUGCAUAGCAGAGAAACAGGCUUGGUUGUUUGUUCUGAAAAAGCAGCACACGAGUUGCGUUGGAAAAGUAACAAUACUGACCAAUUUGUUGAGUUAAACACGUUGAUGGACAUCAACCAACCACCUUGGUUAAAAAUAGAGCCUAAAGAUGUUGCGGAUAGCGAGAUAAGAAAUAUGCGUGGUGUGUGGUGGCAUCUUAGAGAGGAAUGGUGUAAAAAAUAUGGUAUGAAGGACAUAACGCCAGCAGAUUGGUUUCUAGCAUCAUCGCCAUCGAAGGAAGAAUCGUCAUCAUCAGAGGAAACGUCACCGGAAGAUUUAGAAGAUGCAAUGGUUGAGGUUGUUUUUGGACCGUCUAAAAGAAGGAAAACAUCGUCAUCUAUGUCACCAUCAUCCAUUCAUUUACCAACAGCAUUAGCAAUUAUUGAAUCAAACUUUCGACGUAUGAUUAACUCAUCAUCUUUAUCACAAUCAGCAUUACUAGAAACUGAAUUAGAAUUCAACUGUUGGCUUGCUGCCUGUAAACAUCAACAAGAAUUGCCAGUCAUGAAUGUACGCACGCCUGGAUCCAGAGCAAUCACUCCUGAUCCUUCCUAUUAA